CGAAGGUCGCCAUUUUGCCUGUUGUAAAGUGAAGAGUUUUCCCAGCCAGAAUCAGCUCGGCCCGACAUUAGUGUGUCGUUCGAUCGGAAUUAACUGCAUCUAAACGACGUCGCGACCGGCAAAAGUAGUUCCAAUCGAAGCGUAUCGAUCCGUACUAUCCGGGUGUAGUGUUUGCGAGGUGAAUAGUGCUAGAUUUAUUGGGUUUUUCCGAGAAUUGAAAUAUUCAACUCCGAAGAUUGGGGAUUGUGACCGGUGAGAGAGGCUUAUUAAAUUUCGUUCAGUAAAAUGGAUAUGUCAGGACCCCCGAGAGGUGGAUUCCGCGGUCGCGGAGGAUUUGGCGAUCGCGGUCGUGGCGGAUUUGGGGAUCGAGGCCGAGGCCGCGGAGGUCGUGGCGGUCCGAUGAUGGGUCGCAUGAUGGGUGGUCCACCGAUGAUGCGGGGACGUGGUGGCAUGAUGCGUGGCGGUCCACCCCGUGGUAUGGGUGGCCCACCGAGAGGUGGUCCUCCGAUGUCCCGAGGUGGCCCAUACGGAGGUCGUCCACCGAUGGGAGUCGGUGGUGCUCCACGCAGCAGCUAUUCAUCGUCCGUAUCGAACGGGUCCGGUCCGCCGCCUUCGUCGACGACCGAAAAUGGAAAUGAUCUCAAAACGGCAGAUACCACUAGCGCAGCCAAAACGGUACCGACGACCAGCGGAAGCACACCGACUUCGACGUCGAGCUCGGCAGCACCGUCAACGGCACCGAAAACCGGUGCCUCAGCAUCGUCACAGGUUCCUAGCUCAGAUUCGGGCCGGGCAACACCUCCGCAACCGAUCAAGACAGCCGAUUCUAGUAGUCUUUCCCAUCCCAGAGAAUCGCAAGAUUCUUCAAUUCAAUCGACAGGUAGCUCGUAUUCUUCGUAUUCCUCGCGAGGAAUGGGAUUCCGUGGUCGCGGAAGCUACCCACCACGUGGCACAGGACGCGGACGUGGUGGCUACGGAGGCGGUUACGAUGGUCCUAGGCCAUACCGUGGAGGAAUGGGCGGUCGGGGCCGCGGCGGCUACGGUGGUCCAGGUGGUUACGGAGGUCCGCCCAGCUAUAACAGUGGUUAUAAUAGUGGGCCUCCCCCGUCGUACGGUCAAAUGGGCGGUUACCAGCACAGUGGGUAUAACCCAGGUCCACCUCCACGACAGCAGUUCGACACCCGGCAACCUUCAAACACAACCACGGUGACACCGAUCAAGCGCGGUGGAAUGCCCGGAAGCGGUCCCCCCGGACCAAAACGAGGCCGUUAUGAUUCGGGGCCACCAAGUCGUUCCUUACCGCCGAAGAGCAUGCCGCCACAUCAUAGUGCUCCGGCGCCCGUUUCGUCGUACAGUGCACCGCCCUCGAUGGCUGGCCACGGAGGCUAUCCGGAGCACAAUCACCCGCCUGCCAGCAUGGACCAGUACGGCACACAUGGAACGGCCAGCACCGGUGGCUACGGCACGACCAGUGCAUCCCAAAGUGGCUACGGCACCAACGGGUACGGUCAGAGCACAUACGGAAGCGCGACGAUGGCCUCGACGGGUUACGCGACUGGAACAGAAUAUGACACCAGUCAUUACGAUUACAGCACUGGCACGUACGACAGCCGGUAUCAGACCGGAUAUUCGCAGGACUAUAGCCAAUCGUACGGCGCCACCACUGAUUACAGUGCCGUCUCGACGGAAACCUAUCCCAGCCAGCAGUACGAUGACCGAUCAGGAGGCUACGCUGGUUACGACGCGCAAGCCUACUCGCAAGGCUACGCAAAGACCGAUCAGUACGCUCAUGGUGGUUAUUAUUAGAAGAACAAAAACCAAAACGCAGAUGAAAUAAUUUCAAAGAGAGAUCGAGAAUAACCAAGCAAAAAUUGCAAAGAAAGUGUGUGAGAGUGUGUGAGAAAAGUCCGACAAGAAAGCACAGUAAACGGCAAACAAAUUGCUACUGGGAGCAAACUAGUAUAAACCCUCCCCCCCCCCCAAAAAAAAAGGUGGAUUGGAAAACGUUCAACAAAACAGAAAAGAAAUCAGUUCAAAACUUCACAAACCAGCAUGCUGCAAAGCGCAUAUAGAAAAAAAAAAAGAUGCAAAAGUAUCCCGAGAAAGACAACAGCAAACGCAAAAGCAAAACAGAAUGAAACUGAAUAAUCGUGAGACGGUGUCAGCACAGUAUGAAGCAGAUAGCAAAAAUCCACGUAGCCGUAUUGAAAAUUUACUGGAAAGUUUACGAGCGUAGUGAUGAAAUUUCCUUUCUCUUUCUUUUUAAAUCUAUCGACUUUACAAGAAUGGCAUUGCUAUUCUCAUUACAUUUAUUGCAUGAUAAUAUGCAACAUUAUCAUCCAGUUUUAGGAAGUUGUAUGAUGUAAGGAAGGAUUAUGAAUAAACAAAAUAAAAUAAAAUAAAAUCAGCAAACUAAUAGUUAUAGGAAGUCAAACAAAAAAAAAUAGUAAGCGUAAUCCUACACUAGCACAGAAAUAAAGAAUAACAUUGGAUGUGUCCCAUCACCCA